ACUUGACCAUCCCAGACGUUUCAAUCUCCAAAUUUAUAUAGUGUUUUAAGGAUAUAGGAUAUAGCUAUAUUCUAUAGCUACAAAUUAAAUUACAUUUUAACUUACUUUUAAAUUUUUGACGUGGAAUUCGUCAAACAGUAAAAAGAACGGUUCCUCCGCUUCAUCCAAUGAUGCAAAAUUGCUAGAAAUCAAGCAAGCGCCUGUUUCCAACGAUUCCUUCUUCCUCUCUAUCCAUCCCUGCAAUGAUGCGGGAAGCCCACCUUCGAAAGCUUUUAAUUUUGUUACAAUUUCCAUUUCGGCGUUCGCUUUAUUGAAAAUCAAAAUUCAAAUUGGCGUCUUUUCGAUAGUGAUGAAACUUUUUGGGAAACUUUCGAUUUCUCUUAAAUUUUCAAAACAUCGAUGGCUCAUAGGCCACUAUCGAUUGUUUUUAAUUGUAUGUUUUUUUUGUUUUUUUUCCCUAUUUAUUAUUACAUAUAGUAAACUUGGACAGCAGCAUACAAAAUUAACGCUCAACAAAGAUUUUAAACAAUGAUCUCAACUAAAGAAAUUAGUUAAUUUUUUAAUUUUUUGUUUCAACUGAAAUCAUCGAUGACCCCAAACAUCGAUUGUGUUCCAGCUCUAGUUGCCAAUUUUGUUCGUUUUAAACUAUCGGUAAAUAUCGCAAUUUAAAGGCAGACAAAGAUGCAGAUUAACAUAUUGCUCGAGUCCCACAAGGUGGAAAUUUUUGAAAGAACCGUACCGGCACAGGUACCAACCCGUUCAACCUCAACGCAACCGGAGCAAGGAUACGGUGCUCAACGCGAGCCUUCGGCUCCAUGUUGCCAUUGUGCACCGGCGCGAGACUGUCCCUAUGUGCAACGGCGGCAAGAUCUGCGAGCAGAAGAUGAGCUAAAUCAAAGAUCCAGAGAUCUGCCGAAUCGGCGAGCAGAAGAUGAGCUAAAUCAAAGAUCCAGAGAUUUGCCGAAUCGGCGAGCAGAAGAUGAGCUAAAUCAAAGAUCCAGAGAUCUGCUACGACGUGCAGAUCUGCGACGUCCAGAUCUGCGAGCAGAAGAUGAGCUAGAUCUGAGAUCCAGAGAUCUGCCGAAUCGGCGAGCAGAAGAUGAGCUAAAUCAAAGAUCCAGAGAUCUGCCGAAUCGCCCACCGGAAGAUCAGUUAGAUGAAAGACCCAGAGAUCUGCUACGACGUGCAGAUCAGCGACGUGCAGAAGAGCGACGAAUACAAUGGUUACGACAACAUGGUCAACAACAAAGGGGAAGGAGUGCCAUUGUUGAAUGGGUGCCACACUCCCAUGAGGACGGCAGCGGUCGGCGCUGGACAACAAUAUUGUACCAAUGCCAAUACUGCUACCUCAGGUUGUCGAGGCCCACGAAGUAUUUAGAACACAUACUGAAUUGCGUUGACGAGCCAAAAAUAAAGCAAUGCUUGUGGUGCCCAUUCGCCAGCAAAGUCAGCAUUGGCUCCCACCACCGAUUUUGCGAGGGCAUGGGGACGAGGUAUAUUCCCAUUGGGGAACAAUUGCGUCUACGAAAUAAGUGGAAAGCAAUGGUGAGAAUAUCCAGUACCAUAAGCCAAAAUGGAGGAUCCCGCCCCAUGCCGCAAUUUCUGGCGCCAUACAGCCAAAAUUUAAAUUUAAUUGGACUUGGCCGUAACCUUUCUGAUUCAGAUUAAGAGGAGAG